AUGGAAGUGCUAAUGCAUGAGGCUAUCAAUGGCCAAGAGACCAAAAACAUGGUCGACCCGCAGAUUUACGCCACGCCGAACAAACAGGCGACGAGAAUGAUGGAAAACGAAAAAAUGAACGGCAGCGGUGGUGUACAUUUUAUGGAAACCAACGCGAUCGACACCAUCGAUAUUAGCUUCGAAAACAUUUCGUACAACGUGUCACUUGGCUUCAGAAAAGGCCAGAAAGAGAUAUUACACGGAAUCAAUGGAAGACUUCCAGCGAAAAACUUAAUCGCCUUAAUGGGCCCAUCCGGGGCAGGGAAGUCAACCUUGCUAGAUAUCCUGUCGGGAUUCAGGACGACCGGCGUCAGUGGAAACGUUUACAUCAACGGCCGAGCCCGUAACAUGAACUCGUUUCGGAAAUGUAGCGCAUACAUCACUCAAGACGAUCGCUUAGAGGCAUUGUUGACCGUCAUCGAGAACAUGAGGGUCGCCGCUGACCUCAAACUGCCCACGAAUACACCCAGAUACGAGAAGGAAACGAUAAUCGAAGAGAUCCUCACUACUUUAGGCUUGCAUGAGCACAUAAACACGCGAACCGAGAGAUUAAGCGGUGGUCAAAGGAAGAGACUGUCCAUUGCGCUGGAGUUAGUUAACAAUCCGACCGUUAUGUUUCUCGACGAACCGACAACAGGUUUGGAUAGUUCAUCGUGUAUGCAAGUGGUGAAGCUGCUGAAGCUGCUCGCGCGACAAGGAAGGACGAUUAUCUGUACGAUUCAUCAGCCGAAUGCAUCGCUCUUUCAGAUUUUCGAUUUGGUAUACGUAUUAGCGAGAGGAGAAUGUUUGUUCCAUGGUGCAACCAGUCAGAUGAUUCCCUACUUAGAGAACAUCAAAUUGCCGUGUCCUAUGUACCACAAUCCGGCAGAUUAUGUAAUUGAAUUGGCUUGUGGUGAAUAUGGGGAAGAUAAAUUACCAUUGCUAAUAUCGGGCUCAGAAAAUGGCAAAAAUUUACAGUGGUUUGAGAACCCUGAGUCUUUACUUGAUGCAAAAGGCUUAAGGGCGAUGCACAUGAGCAAGGAUGUAAAUUCAGAAAGUGAGAAUACCCUGCACGCAACCUCCUUGAUACAUCAAAUUAAAAUUUUAAUUUGGAGAGGUUUCAUCAUGUGCAAGAGAGACACAACGUUAACACACUUACGUAUUCUAGUCAACAUAUCCGUCGGUUUUAUGCUCGGUUCGGUUUUCCUCCAAACUGGCAUGGACGGAUCCAGAGUUUUAGAUAAUUAUAAUCUUCUAUUUUCUAUUCUUAUACAUCAUAUGAUGACCACUAUGAUGCUCACCGUAGUUACAUUUCCAAUGCAAAUGAGCAUCCUACUAAAAGAACAUUUCAACAGAUGGUACAGCUUAAAAGCGUUUUAUACGGCACUAACGUUGGUCGAUCUACCGAUUUCGAUAUUUUGUUGUUUCGUUUUCUCACUAAUAGUAUAUUUCAUUUCGUCACAACCUUUAGAAGUCUCACGGUUUUUUAUGUUCUUCGCCAUUAGCUUGCUAGUGGCUUUUAUUGGUCAAGGAACCGGCCUAAUGAUCGGAGCAGUAUUUGACGUAGUCAACGGAACGUUCAUAGGACCAACUUUAUCCGUGCCGUUAAUGAUGUUCGCUGGAUUCGGCGUUUCGUUACGCGACAUUCCAAUUUAUCUCAAAUGGGGUACAUACGUCAGUUUUCUGCGAUACGGACUUGAAGGAUUCAUAAGCGCCUUAUACGGAUUCGGGCGACCAGUGUUACCUUGCACCGCGGACAACAUCCUAUAUUGUCAUUACAGGUACCCCUCAAAAUUUCUUUCCGAUAUUGCUAUGGACGCCGAUCAAUUUUGGAAUGAUAUCGCGGCACUUGUUACGAUACUUAUCUUUACGCGAUGUGCCGCUUAUCUUCUUCUAAGAUGGAAGAUUGUAUCCCUGCGAUAAACCGAACGACUGCAUUCCUCGAGAUUCUUGUUUCGUUUUUCAUGAACGAUAAAAAAUUGUGUAAUUAUUAUUGACCGUUCAAAACGGUUCGAAAGAGACACAGAAUUGCAAUGUUCAAGUUUUAAAAUGAGGCGCUCGACGAAGUAAUGUUCCCAGUCGAUACGAUCAAGAAUCUUCUACUUCGAAGUUCCAACGACAUCUAUGUCUUCACGUCAAUGCAACUUGUUAUACGUAUAAUUAAUUGUUGAAAGAACCGUUCCUUCAGUAAAUUCUAUCACAAAUACGUAUGCCCAGUGAAACUUUCCGAAACGAUAUUUUCGGAAAUCAAACGUGAUAUUUGGAAAUUGCUCAACGAACGUCAAUUAUCAAUGCAUCAUGACCUUAUUCUUUAUCUGUAAGUACGUAGAAUCAAGAAUUUACUUAGGAAGAAACUGUGGUAUCCAGAUGCACAAUACAGACGUUUAUGCGCAUAAGUAUUGUACAGGCUUAACCGUGUAUAAUUUAUGAUGUCACAAAUAUUUUUUACACUUUUCCUAUUUGUAAUUAAUCUGGUAAGCAUCAAGCCAUUAUUUUAUAAUAUAUUUAAAAAAAUAGGUGGAUAAUUAGUCCAGACUACGCGAGUUUCUGGCUUCUUUGGCAUUGAGACUAAUUAAUAUUUACGGAAAUACUUUGGACUCGCGAUUCUGGUAAUCGAACACGCGUUUAUCAUAUUUAUGAUAACCCCUAGCUAUCAUCACGGGUUCAUCAUACUUCGAACAAUGGAAAUUUCAUUAACUUGCUAGGGGUGUGUCUGAAAAUUCGGGUCGGGCUCGGCCAAUUCAAAAUUGAUCCCGAGUUGAUACGCUGAUCCUAUGAUGACGGUAACUGAAUUUUAUCUGCUGAUCAAAUUUUUUAGAAAAGGCUCGGGUGUACGAAUUUUUUAGUACCUGCACACCCUUAUCAUUUGCACAUUAUUGCAGUAAGAAGAUAUGCGUAAAUCUUUAUUUCGUUUGAUUAUUGGUGAAAGCACACUGCCGUAAUUGGACGUGUUACGUAAAUAAGUGAUAUACAUAUAGUUAUUUAUAAAUUUCUAUGCGAGACGAGGAAAUAUUUGUAAAUAUGUACUUUUUUAUAGCAAUAAUGUAUAUUUUUUUAAAUAAAAAUG